CCCUACUACUCUAACAUUUUUCUACCAUGGCUGAACAACCAACUAAACAGAAGUUAUGGGGGGGAAGAUUCACUGGAAAAACAGAUCCUUUAAUGCAUGCGUUCAAUCAGUCAUUGCGAUAUGAUCAGAGGAUGCAUGCUGCGGAUAUUAGAGGCUCUAUUGCCUACGCGAAGUCACUUACUCUAGUUGGAAUUCUCACCGAAGACGAAGAGCGGAGAAUUGUUGAAGGACUAAAAAUUGUUGGGAAGGAAUGGGAGGGCGGCCAGUUCAAAGCCCAGGAAGACGACGAAGAUAUACAUACUGCGAACGAACGCCGCUUGAGUGAGUUGAUCGGGCCUCUGGGAGGCAAGCUCCAUACAGGACGAUCGAGAAAUGACCAGGUCGCAACUGACAUGCGGUUAUGGCUUUUGGACGAAGUUAAAGACGUGGAACAGAGCUUAAAAGGCCUUAUCCGUGUCAUAGUAGAGCGCGCAGACAAAGAAAAAGAUUAUCUUUUGCCUGGAUACACUCACUUGCAGCGUGGCCAACCAAUACGUUGGUCACACCUUCUUCUUUCGCAUGCAUUUUCGUUCAAGUCCGAUCUUGAUCGCCUUCGCCAACUUAUCCCUCGUAUUUCGGUUUUACCACUGGGAUGUGGUGCCCUUGCUGGCAACCCUUUCGUUGUCGACCGGGAAUUCCUCGCUAAAGAGCUGGGCUUCCAAUCUAUUGCUGAGAACAGUAUGUGGGGUGUCGGGGAUAGGGAUUUUAUCGUCGAGUUCCUCAUGUGGGCAAGUUUGGCAAUGACACACAUCAGUCGAAUGGCAGAGGAUUUGGUGAUUUACUCAACCGCUGAAUUCGGCUUUGUUAGUCUGAGUGACGCCUAUAGUACGGGUUCGAGCAUCAUGCCGCAAAAGAAAAAUCCCGACUCCCUGGAACUGCUUCGAGGGAAGUCUGGCCGAGUCUUUGGAAACAUGGCUGGCUUUUUGAUGACUCUGAAGGGCCUGCCAUCCACUUACAACAAGGAUCUCCAAGAAGACAAAGAACCACUUUUCGAUGCCGUUGACAAUGUAUCUGCGUCAUUUAAAAUUGCAGAGGGCGUAGUUGCUACGUUAGAUGUCCACGCUGAAAAAAUGCGUCAAGCUUUGACCAUGGACGUGCUGGCUACGGAUCUGGCCGACUACCUCGUUCGCAAAGGGACUCCUUUCCGCGAAACUCAUCACAUUUCGGGACGAGCUGUUGCCCUUGCUGAGGCGCGAGGAUGCCAACUCGAUGGCCUGACUUUGGCGGAUUACAAGACGUUGAGCGACAAAUUUACAGAAGAUGUGCACGACGUUUUCGACUUUGAGGCAAGCGUGGAAAGAAGGGAAUCAAUUGGAGGCACAAGUCGAAAAAUGGUAGAGAGGCAAAUUUCGGUUCUUCGCGCUGCAUUGGACGACUGA